CAAAAUGGAGAUGCGCAUGAAACACUUGACUUUGUGGUUCGGUUUACUAAAUGUUUUCCUAAUGGUUUGGAACCAUAACAUGACUGAAGGAUCCCAAGCAAUACUGGGCCAUCCAUUCAUCUCAAUCUGGAAUGCACCAACUCAAAUAUGCCAAAAAGAAUACGGAAUAUCCCUUGACUUGAGAAUUUUUGAUGUGAUUGUCAACCCGAAUGACUCAUUUAUAGGGAAAGACAUUACUCUCUUCUAUAGUAAUAAAUUCGGAUACUAUCCAUAUUACACCAAGGAUGGAGUUGCCAUCUAUGGCGGUCUCCCUCAAAAUGCUAGUCUAAAAGCUCAUCUCCAGAAGACUGAACAAGAUAUUAAAAAUACCAUUUUGGAUGUUGGCUUCAAAAGUCUGGCAGUUGUGGACUGGGAACACUGGCGCCCCUUAUGGAUUCGGAACUGGAGUUCUAUGAAAAUCUAUCAAUAUAAAUCUAUACAGUUAGUUAAGGAGCAGCAUCCUGAUUGGCCUGCGGACAAAGUGAUCAAAGCGGCCCAGUUAGAAUUUCAAAAAUCUGCUCAGGCUUUCAUGGAACAGACAUUGGCCCUUAGUGAAACCCUGAGACCAAAAGGCUUCUGGGGCUUUUAUGGUUUCCCCAAUUGCUAUAACAAUGAGUACCAAUCUGUCAAUUAUACUGGAGAAUGCCCAGAGAUUGAGAAACAGAGAAACAACGAAUUGUACUGGCUCUGGAAGCAAAGCCGGGCUCUUUAUCCCAGCAUUUACCUCCCCAACAUUCUCAGACUGACUCACAAAACUCUUGAAUUUGUUCGUCAUCGAAUCCAGGAGGCCUUCAGGGUUUUGAAGUGGACACAGAAUGACAUCCCUGUCUUACCUUAUACUACCACUGUAUAUGACUUUACUCAUAACUUCAUCACACAGGAAGACCUGGUCCACACCAUUGGUGAGAGUGCUUCUCAAGGUGUUGCUGGGGUUAUCUUGUGGGGUAGUACAAAUUUCAGUAAAUCUCGGGAAGCCUGCCUUGAAGUGAAGGAGUAUGUGGACAAGCUCCUUGGCCCAUACAUUAUGAAUGUGACCAGCAGUACUAGGCUUUGUAGUAAAAUACUUUGCUCAAAGAAUGGCCGCUGUGUGCGGCAGCAGAAUCACCCAGAAGCCUUCCUGCAUCUCAAUUCUGCCAGCUUCACUAUUAAGAAGCAUAAUGUUGCCCCAGGCUUUAUUCUGAUUGGCCAGAUGUCAAUGGAAGAUCAAAUCAAGAUGGCCCAAACAUUCACAUGUCAAUGCUACGAUGGCUGGAAAGGAUUGCAUUGUGAGAAGAAGUCAAUCCACAAUGAGGUAUUCAGUCCUCAGUUUCAUGAUAUAUAAUACAUGUCAACAAGAAAAGCUCAACCUGCAGAAUUAGACUGUAUAAAAUUAAUAUCUGCUCAAUAUCUGAUUAACAUUAAACUGGUGCUCUGAGAGAUUAUAGGCUACAUUACCAUCAGAAUUCUGGUAGCUGCUGUCGCAUUGCAUAUGAAGGGCAGAGGUGGCGGAAAAUUGGGCUUCACCUUUUUGCAAUGAUAGUCAAAGGCAGUUUUUCCCCCACUCUUCUGUUGAGUGCAAGCAGAAAUCCUUCUAGAAAUGGUUAUCUGCAGUCUCUUUGCUUGUGUACUUAAUACAGUUUUACCUUGCAGCAUAAAAAAGCUGGCAUGCCUUUUCUUUUGAUCAUGGUAUGAAUACAGACAACAAACGUGCUUUUCUUAUGAAUAUAUU